AUUACGACAGUAGAUGGAUUUUACAGGUUUCUUUACACGUUACACGGCGCUAGUGUCGCAGGCUGCUGAGUGGAUGACAAGUGAAAAUUGAAAAUUGGGAUAUUCAUUGACUACAAAACGAAACAUUCGUUAGCAGCGUCGGUGAAACUCAUAACAUGUCCAUCUUAUCGUACAAUGGUGGUUGCGUUCUUGCAAUGAAGGGGAAGGGAUGCGUGGCGAUUGCAUCUGAUCGUCGUUUUGGAGUCCAAACUUCCACUUUGGCAAUGGAUUUUCAAAGGAUUUUUGAAAUGGGUCCUCACCUUUAUGUUGGUCUUCCUGGAUUAGCAACAGAUACUUUAACUGUUCAUGAAAGGCUAAGAUUUCGCCUUAAUCUCUAUGAACUGAGAGAAAGCCGCAAAAUCAAGCCACAAACUUUUUCAGCUAUGGUUUCAAAUCUCUUGUAUGAGAGACGCUUUGGGCCUUAUUUUGUUGAGCCUGUCAUCGCAGGAUUGGACCCUGUUACCUGGGAGCCAUUUAUUUCUGCCAUGGAUCUCAUAGGCUGUCCUAAUGUGCCUGAAGAUUUUGUUGUGGCUGGCACAUGUGCUGAACAACUGUUUGGUAUGUGUGAGGCAUUGUGGGAGCCCAAUCUAGAACCUGAUAGCUUGUUUGAAACAAUCAGCCAAGCACUGAUGAAUGCAUUUGACAGGGAUGCUAUAUCUGGUUGGGGAGGUAUUGUUCACGUCAUUGAAAAGGACAAAGUAACAACCAGGCUACUCAAAACCAGGAUGGAUUGACAUUUUUUCUUAUGUGUGUUCAUGUAUUUUGGAACUGAUUAUUACACCAUUUAAAAAUG